AUGAACAAACGUAAACCUUACUGGAUCAAAGAAACUGCUGAACCCCAGGAUGAUCUCGACCUAACCGUGGAAAACCGAGAGCUGUUGAAACAGGAACGCUUGCAGCAUUUUUUAUCUCAAAACAGUCCUAUUAUUACAGAACAAUGGAAGCAAACUGACUGGAUUCCCAAUGUCACACAGCGCUGUGGCUUGAUUGCUAUCAAACUGGGGAUGUAUCCACUUUGGACGAAGAGCGGAAAAAAGUUAGAUUGUACAAUACUUCAAGUCCCCGACAAUCAUGCUAUUCGCUACAUCCCUCCAUCCGAAAUUGAUAACUACCUAAGUCUGCGUGAUCCACGAGGUUAUUGGUUAAACAACCAACGGAUUCCUUCCUGGGUUGCUCAACGACGCUGGGGUUUACAAUUGGUCGGUGCAGUAAGUGCCGAUCCUAUUGAGUUCUCUGAGGCCUGGUGUAAUCUGUUCAAAGCUGCUGGAGUGCCCCCGAAACGAAAAAUUUCCCGCUUCCUUGUCAGUCCAGAUGCCGCCCUCAAACCGGGGACUCCACUUGGAAUUCAUCACUUUCGUGUCGGAGAUUAUGUGGACAUUACAGCAAGAACAUUCUCGGAACAAAGAACAGCGGGUGUUUAUGGCAAGGUAUUCACCCUCUCUGUGGGUAGAAAAAAAGCACAUAUUCCGGUGGACUUCAAUACCGCUUUCAUUCUCUCUUCUAACGAGAGCCAGAUUCUCUCGUUCCUGUGCAACGAGUCUGAUCCGGUGCCAUUUUCUAAUGAGGAAAUCUUUCAGCCGCUGCGGUCCUCCAAAUCAUCCUCGGUUACAGGACCUGGUCUCCCUCCGGCACUUCCCAGUUUUGGAGCAGCUUUGCUAACUAAUGCGAUGACCUCUCAAUGA